AUGGCUGCUUCAUUCAACAUGGACAAAUUCCUGUGUAAGAAAUGCAGGAGAAAUGGAGCUAAGUCACCGCAAAGUGCCAAUUUAUGUCACGAUGCUUUGGAAAACGUAACAUUUUUGGUUUGCGUCUACACAAAGGAGCAUUCAAUAUCUGUCCUUGGCCACAGUGAUGUCACCUACAUUCAGGAUUUAGCAUGUGAACUGGCUCAGUUUAUGGUUAAACAUGUUGACACAACUGCCCUUACCAGUCACCUUAUUAUACUUGAGCAAUAUGGCUUAACUGUAGAGGAAAUGCAAGCAUUAGAUGACCAAAUGACAGCAGCCAUGGGACACUUAGAGAUGCCACCUUACUGGAACGUCCUUGGAAAGUGGGCAGGACAAGAGUCGAUCUGUAGGGAAACCCUGCUGCAUGUUUCAGUGCGUUUGGGCCUUUCUAAAUUGUCUCAGUUUCUGCUGUGCCAGCCUGGUGGUAUCCAAGCUGCUAUUGUGUCCAACGAGGAAGGAGAGACACCUGUGGGCCUCGCUUUGCAGAAUGGGAUGCAGGAACUUGCUGAAAUUCUCAAAGAUUCACAGAAUUCCCAAGUUACUCCCUCAAUCGGAAUCUCUACGAUUUUUGCUGAUAAUUACUUUGUACAGAAGUGCCUUCAUCUACCAAAUGCUUUUGUACUGACUGUGGAAACCAGCACAGAGCAGUCACUGGAGACACGCAUUCAGCUCCUGAGAAAACACAUAGAAGAUGACAACUCACAGAAAGGGAAUAUAACUUUUGAAGCAGCUGAAGAUGGACUGAGUCUGGAUUUACCCACUAGUGAGGAAGCUUGUGCUGAAGUGAAUUCAGAUGAAGGCAAUGAAGAUGUCGGUUUAACAUCUUAUCCGAAGGACGGAACCUCCGAUAAUCCAUCGCUUGCCCUGUAUUUGGAGUGUCGGAGUAUGAGUCUGGCCCAGGAGCUCAAGUCCUGA